GAAACUUCGGCAGAAAGUUGAUUUGGGGGGAACAAGAUGUCGGCUCCAGCAAACGUCUCCGCUAUGAAGAAAGUGGUUCACCAGUUGCGGCUGGAAGCCAGUUUCAGUCGUGUAAAGGUUUCUCAGGCUGCGGCGGAUUUAAAGCAGUUCUGCUUACAGAAUGCUCAGCAUGAUCCACUUCUAACUGGAGUCUCUUCAAGUACAAAUCCAUUCCGACCCCAAAAAGUCUGCUCGUUCUUGUAAAUGCCUUCCUUUUUAUUUUUCCUGACCAUUAACUUUCAUUACUGGAGUCUGCUGGAUUCUAGAAGACCAUCAAAAGGAGUGGACUGGUUUGAGCCUGUGCAAAGCUCAGCCUUGUGAUGUGCCAAGUUUUUUUUGUUUUGUUUUUACUGUAAUCUUGCAUCUUCAAAUCUUAACAUCUACCUCUCCAUUGUGAGAUGUCAUCAGUAAUGUGCAUUUCUGUUCAUAUUCUAAGACCAUUCUUUUUAUACACUGGUAACUAACAAUAAAUGUAUAUCAUCUUACAUUUGUGUGGUACAGUUUUUUAAAACUGAACAAUGGUCUUGUCUUGAAUUAACACAAAAGCUAGGAUGCAAUGAAACAUAUUAAAUACAUAUUAAAGUA